UUCAGGGGUCGUUCUCCUGUGUAUCGGUACCCUGCCGUCGGCGAGAAGGUCGACAACAAGGGGGUGAUGAUGUUGCGUUGCACAUUUUGCAACAAAGUGUUCCAGGGGACUCAGUGCCGGGCCACAAGACACUUCGUCCAGACUAACUACUGCAAGGACGUGAGCGACGAGGCAUUGUACGAGAUCGCAAGACGGACUCAACAGAGGUUCGAGUCUUAUCAAAUGGAGAGGGUUGGCAGGUACGAAGCGAAGCGUGGACUCAAUUUGCCCCGGUCCGAUAGUGCAAUGGGAGGAGAGGCGGGCCAGAGUCCGGUGGAGGGAGGGGGKGGGGGAGAUGGUGUGCAUGGAUGCGGUUAUGUGCUGCCAUGGCAGCGGGACGAGGGCAUGCUCGAUUGCCAAGCAAGACUUGAGGAGGAGCCGGUGCGCAUGGGCACACGUAAGGGGAUGCCGCAGGAGGAGAUUGCCCAACAGGUUGCGCUUAUUAUGCGCGAUCCCAUCAGGGCUUCCGCACCGCCCUCUGCUGAUGCUGUUUUUGAUAGACGUGCUUGCAUUUUCCGUCCAUACACCAGGGAUGAUGACUCGAACGAGGAGCGGGCACCCGAGGCAGCAGAUGACCUUGCACUCCCUAUUCCUCCUGAGAUCGACGAGACGCACGAGGAUCCAGACAACGUGGAGACGAGGACAUACACCACACGACGGGUGGCGGACCGGGCUGAGAGGGAGAUGAUGGGGGGAGACGAGGAUUGUUGGGGCCCUUUCGGGGAGGUGGCUUCUAUAGGUGAUGUGCGUGAUGACAGAGUCAGGGGCUCUCAUGCAGGCACAAGCCGCGCAGAGGCGGGGAUGAGGACUCCUACUCCGAUGAGGCAAGCGUCGUCCAUUCCGCCACCCCCUGCUCCGAGUCCUGCACCACCAUCGCACGUCUCGCCACUUCAGCCGGCCACUACAGCGGCAGAAAUGGAGGAGUUAGCAUCCUCCUUGCCUCAGCACGGACUUCAACAGAGAUCUACGGUGCUUCGCCAGCUGAGGUUACAAUCAUCUUCCCCGGGGGUCUUGCAGGAGGAGGUUGGCCACCGUGCCACUCAGGCGGACUGGGGGGGGCCAGCCCGAGCGGAGGAGGAGGUCACGACAGCGGUAGUGGUGGAGGGGGAGGUAGCAGCAGUGGAGGAGGAGGUACUAGCAGUGGCGACGGGGGAGGAGGAGGUGCCAGUUGGAGCAGCAGUGGAGGGGGAGAUAGAAGCUGCAGCGGAGGGGGAAGAGGAGGUAGCGCUAGCGGCGGUGGUGUCAGACUUUGAUAUGGAGCAUGAUGGUGAGGACGCAAAUGGGGGCGGUGACGACGCCAAGGAGCACCUCAUGCAGCAGUUUAUCACAGAGGAGCUCGAUCCAAUCAUGGGCGGUUUCACCCCGGGUGUGGUCCGCUCCGGCCCGCUUGCGAUCUCGGCUCCCGCUCCCGGCCUUCGAAGGGUAAACAGUGAAGUAGAGGCUGGUCUCUCUAGUCCGCCGGAAACCGCUGAAAGAAGGGAGGUAGUGAAGAGUCUCGAGUUGGGAGCUAGUCUAAGUAGGGUGGUGGAAGAAAUGAUAGAGGGCACGAAGAAGCUAGGAGUGGCAAGGGGUCCGAAAAUGGCUUCUGGAGAAAGACAGGCCUCGGAGGGGCAAAGAGCUGGCGCGGAAGUACGAGUGCACAGGGAUGUGGGGCCGCGGGUGCCGGUGAACGAAGGGGUCACCGAAGACGCAAGAGGCGUUCCGGUGGAAUCCCGGUGGGCGGACCUGAUGGACGCGGAGGCAAGGAUGGGAGAAGCUCAGGGAUUUUCUAGAGAUAGGCAGGGGUAUCGAGCACUUACGGGGGAGGAAGAAGAGUGUCAAGACAGGAGGGACUUAAGAGAAGGGAGGUCAGCAGAAGCCGGCGGUAGGCCACAAAGAUGGGUCGAGAGGAUACCGGAGGUCGUCACAGGUUGGAGGAACGACCGGGAGAUAGGGGGGAAUCGUGGUUCCGAUUGGGGAAUUUCCCAUUGGAAGGAUGCUAGGGAUGGAAGGUGGGGAGACACCCCUCAAGCAAGGACUUCUGGGCCCCGGCCUGAGGUUAGGGCGCCACCGCCACCGGCUCCUCCUGCGCCUACAGCUGCGACAACUCAAGGGGGUUCGCGUCUCAACAACCCGCAGGCUCGAAGCGGGUGUGUCUACUGCAAUGAAGAAAAACACAUCAAAAGGGACUGCCCUUAUCUCACGGAGGCCUUAAGGUUGGGGGUGGUCAAGCUGAAUGAGCACAAGUGGGUUGUGUGGGGAGAUACCGGAGAGGCGGUCUCCUUUUACCCAUCAAUGAAGGUGAACGUGGACAAAAGGAUGGCCUUCCAGGAGGCUAGGUUGGGGAAGAAACCUGCAAUCGGGAGCUCCUCCAACACAGUUCAUAUCCAAAUGACGGAGUCACCGGGGGGGGUGUCCAUUAGGGAACCCCAGGUGUCAAGCAUCAAGUUCAUAGAGACCAACCCCGAGGAAGAGAGGCCUUGCCUAGGGGUGAGAACGCAGGUUGGGACCGAGACGUCAGAAAGCCAAGGGAGCGUGACGGAGGGUACGGAAGUAAGGAGCGGCGACAAUGACCAACCAAUGGCCGAUGCAAAAGCGGUGGAGGAAAAGAAGGAAGAGCCCACCUCACCCAAAUCGCCUAAGAAAAGGGGUCCCAAAAAGUUCCAAUUGAAGUGCACUCUGAAUGAGAUAGACACGGUAGCCCCCCUUAGGAGAACCCUGAUGCAGCCUAUGCAGUGCACACUUUUGGAAUAUCUAGCUGCCAGCAAAAGCGCCAGGGAAGAGCUCCUAAGCAUCACGAGGAAGGUAAGAGUCCCGCUCGCCAGGGGGCCCACGGUGCCGGUAGAAGGUCCAGCCAAGGAAGAAGUACAGGCCUCCCGCAUUACCAUAGAGGAACUACCUGCCAACUUCUUCUCGGGAGAAGAGGCCAAGAAAUUUUAUGUGGUAGGUAGCAGCCAGCUUCAGGCAGUGGUAAGUGGGAAGAAGAUGAGGGCUCUAGUAGACAACGGGUCCGAGUCUACGGUUUGUAGGGACUCCAUCGUGAGGGAGCUGGGCUUGGAGAUAGAUCGAGGGGUAUCAAUGUCAAUGGUAGUGGCCGAUAACAAGCUGCAACCGGUGGAAGGGGUGUGUCAUAGCCCCGUGAUUGAGGUUGCUGGCGUAGAGGCCACGGUUCCAAUCUUUUCGGUAAAAGAGUGCUCCUCCGAGUUGAUCCUCGGAAGGACCUGGCUGAGCGCGGUUCACGCUACCACGGUUGAUUUGUCGGAUGGAAGUCGGACCCUCUCGAUCCAAAGUCCGGAUGGAAUCCGAGUGGUCCUGAAGACCGUAGACGCGCAAGAUGAGCGUAACCAGACCAGGAUUGCUAGACGCAAGGGGAGCCUGUCGAGGGUGUGUCGAGUCCGUCUGGAGGAGGUGCCCUUGACGGAUAGGGGACCCAAGGGAGACCAAUUGGAGGUCGUGGAUGUAGGGGAUAAGAUUGUGAUUAACGCCGGUGGAGUUAAGAAGCACAAAACCGUGGCGGAGAAAGUAAAACCCGCCGCGGUCAGCCGGGAUAGAACGGGGGAAGCUACAAUAUCGGAGGAGGAGAUAGUUGAUAUCAUCCGGAAAAGGAAAGAGAUUGAAGGGCAAAGGAUAACGACCGAUAGGUUGGCCAAGAUGGAUAUAGGGGACGGGAAUCUCACGGAGGAGGAGAAGGGAUUCAUAGCCAUGACCUUAAGGGGCUGCGAUAAGGCCAUUGCCUUUGAUGACUCAAAGAGAGGAAGGAUCGACCCGAGGUACGCUAAGCCGACCCGGAUCCAUACGGUCCCACACAUGCCUUGGAAGGAUAGGCCCCAGUGGAAGUACGCUCAAAAGGAGAAGGAGGAGAUAAUAGCUUUUAUCAAGGAGAAGAUCAGAACAUUCGUCGCGGAGCCUUGUGAGAGUGCUUACUCCAAUAAGUGGUUCUUUCUGAGAAAAGGGGGUAACAACAAACUAAGGUGGAUACAAAACCUCCAAGGGACCAACUCGGUCACUAUAAGGGACGUGGAGUCGAUACCGGAGGCAGACCUACUCGCGAAAGGAUCGGCAGGUCGUUCGAUAUACUCGAUAUGUGAUCUCUUCUUGGGGUAUGAUGGGAUCCCCUUAGACUAUCGCGAUAGGCAUAUGACCACCAUGCAUACGCCUCUAAGGCUGGUCAAAAUGAUGGUGGUGCCCAUGGGGUGGACUAACGGGGUGGCAGUGUUCCAAAGGGCCAUGAUAGCAGUCCUCAAGGAGUUCAUACCUAAAAAGGUGGAAGUCUUCCUAGAUGACUUUCCGAUAAAAAGGUCGGUCGAACGGGAUGAGACGGAGGUUUUGCCCGGGGUAAGAAAGUUCGUGGUAGACCACAUGAGCGAUGUCAGGGAUGUCCUUGUGAAAUUGGACGAUGCUAACCUCACGGUGAGCGGAACCAAGAGUCGCGGGGCGUAUCGUCCAUUAAGAUACUAGGUUCAUCUGCGACAAAGAUGGGCGGAGGCCCGAUCCUGAGAAAUUGGUGAAAUUAAUGACAUGGUCGUCGCCACUCAAGUCCAUUACAGAAGUCCGGCAGUUUCUAGGGGUGGUGGGCUACUGGAGAAUCUUCAUAAAAGGCUACGGUGAGAAAGUGAAACCACUUAGGCGGUUGCUCAGAAAGACGGAAGGAUGGGCUUGGGGGGAGGAGCAGACGGCAGCCAUGGAGGCCUUAAAAGAGGAGUUCCGCGAAGGGGGGCAGGUCUUAGGGGUUCCAUUCUUUAAAGACGAAGAGAGUCGCCCAUUUAUAGUUUCCAUGGACGCAG